AUGAUUCUGUUCGAUUUGUUCGAGCCUGAAAGCGCUAGGUGCGUUGAUUUGUCCGUCCCAUGUUUCCGUUUCCUAGACGUCUACAACGGGAUCUUCCUUGGCGGUAGACCAGCACUUUCCGGAAAAAUAGAGCAAGGAUUCACUGGUUGCAUCGCCAAUUUGACGUUGAAUGAUGAACUAAUCGAAUUUUCGUCGUUGGCUGAAAUGGACGUCCGUGGAAUGGUGAACGAGGGAUGUGCUCCUCGGAAGGACUUCUGUGACAAAGGCGUUUGCUCCACAAGUGCGAAAUGCGCUAACCGAUGGAAUGGCGCCAAUUGUCGCUGCCCACAUUCUGGCGCACAUCACAUGCGAUCCUGUCAUGCUGUGAAAGCUGUCAUCACCCAUCGACGACCGCUAACACUACAUGAUGAAGAAUCGUUCGUGAUUUAUCGUCCACAAGAGAUUUCCGUCCCAUUCUCGUUGUCGUUCGAAUUCCGUACAUCCAAGGCCGAUAUGCAGAUAAUCGUUGCUGAAUUCGAGCAGCGAACCACGUUCUUCAGACUAGAGAUCGAGGAUGGUCUUCCAAAAGUUUGGCUUGGUCAGACCUCAUCGACCAUAGACGCACCGGAGUUACAUGCUGGAGUGUGGACAAAGGUAGAAAUGGAAUUCCGGGAAGAGGAGGUUAAAACUACCAUCGAUGGGAUUUAUUCUGUGAUUCGUCAAGGUUGCGUCGUAGCGAAUCGAUGCAACGUGGAUGGCGUUUGUCCAAAGGAAAGCACCUGUCAACGAGAAUGGAAUCGUCACUCAUGUAAAUGUCACAGAGAAGUUCCAGUUCCCCUUAGGAGGUCGAUGCGUGAGUUGCGAAUGUGGGUACGGUGCCACAUCGCUGCAAUGCUCCAGUGGACGGCCAAGUGCAAGUGCGCUGGCCAAGCUAGUGGCCGACGAUGUGAUCGAUGUACGCUUGAAAACCAUGUCCUUGAUCCGAAAUCGCUACGUUGCCGACUAAUCAACGGUCAGUGUCCAUCGCAGAUCGAAUUGGGAGUGCAGUGGCCAACAACAUCUAAAGGGUCAAUAGCUCGUCAAUCCUGUCCUGGCACCCAGACGGGUUUGGCUACCCGAACAUGCGACAACAUGGGACGAUGGCUUGAAGUGAACAAUUUCAACUGUACUCGACCGGAGUACGUUAUUGUCGAUGGAAAAAUGGUUUGUAAGCAUUGUGAGUAUGCCCCGACAGAUGUGGACGAGCGUUGCCGACUGCGCUCUUUGGGAUUUGAAGGCAGAGGACUGGUGAACAUCAACAAGGCUUUGAGCAGACUCGAAUGGCAGCUGAGUUUCAGGAUGGCUACAAUCGCUCAUGACGGUGUCCUGCUUUUCUCUGGAGACCGUAACUCGGAUUUCAUUGAGAUUUCCAUCCAAGACCGCGUUCUCAAGGCAGAAUUUUCACUUGGCGACCAGCCAAAAGUAGUGCGCAUGGAGAGCGAGCGGAGGAACAGGGUAAAUGACGGCGAGUGGCAUACUGUCCAUGUCAUUUACUACGAUCGGCACCUUACCUUACUGCUCGACGACUGUGAUGCGUUCGUCUCCCUGCACGCUCACGGAGCUGCUCCAUGUGCCGCUCAUGCAAGGAUCGACUUACCACCCAAGUGUGUUGAUUUGUCCGUCCCAUGUUUCCGUUUCCUAGACGUCUACAACGGGAUCUUCCUUGGCGGUAGACCAGCACUUUCCGGAAAAAUAGAGCAAGGAUUCACUGGUUGCAUCGCCAAUUUGACGUUGAAUGAUGAACUAAUCGAAUUUUCGUCGUUGGCUGAAAUGGACGUCCGUGGAAUGGUGAACGAGGGAUGUGCUCCUCGGAAGGACUUCUGUGCCAAAGGCGUUUGCUCCACAAGUGCGAAAUGCGCUAACCGAUGGAAUGGCGCCAAUUGUCGCUGUCCACAUUCUGCACAUCACAAUGGAUCCUGCCAUGCUGGUGAGUGA